GUUUGCCCAGGUGUUGUAUGUUGACAGGAGGGGGGAGUAACGCAGACGAACAUGGGGACGUGAAAGUUGUAGGUGUGAAUAUGUGACAAAAGGGGGGGUUUAUUAUUAGUUAUGUAUUUCUAUGUUUCAUACUUUGUGCACUGAGUUUUAACACAUGCCAGUCGCCUCAGAAAGCAGUGAAAUGAUGACAUUGCGAGACUGGAGGCAAGCAAUCAGGACGCCAACAGCAUACCGUGUUGGGAACAGUACGUUAAGGAUUCAGACACAUUUCGUCAGCUUAAUUGCUGUUGGCGUUUUGAUAUUAUUAUUAGUAUUAUAUACUUAUAGUCCAUCUAGUCGGCAUAAAUUACGAAAUAUAGUUCUUACCCAAGACCACGCGUCUGUAGAUUACAACAUAAAAAAUUUGUAUUUACCUCCCAUAAAGCAAGAAUUUUAUAAUUUUUCUUAUCCAUUGACCCCAUCAAUGACAACACCAAAGGGUGUAAUGUUUCGUAUUGGUAUUAUAAGUGAUAUGGAUAAAAGUUCCAAACAGGCAAACGAAGAAAAUGCUUGGCGAAGUUGCUUGAAAAAGGGAUAUCUGACUUGGAAUGCAAAAACGGAAAAAAUAUUAGUGACCUGGGAUGAUGUGGAACCUUUGACUUUAAAAUCCAACCUUGGCGAAUCUGGCAGGGGCAUGGAACUGUCAGAACUAGUAACAUUUAAUGCCAAAAUUUUAGCGUUUGAUGACAGAACGGGGGUGGUUUACGAAAUCGACAAUGAUAAAGUUAUUCCUUGGGUGGUACUACCGGAUGGUGAUGGAAGGACUUCAAAAGGGUACAUGAUCCAUGAAGCAGUUUCAUGGAGUACAUACCAUAAACGCUGGUUUUUCCUUCCAAGACGUUCCUCAAAAGAAAAAUAUGAUGAAAAUCUGGAUAAUGAAAGAGGAACUAACAUGAUUAUCACAGCUGAUGAAAACUUUGAUGACAUAAAGGUUACUUUCGUUGGCGAAGUUGUUCCUACCCAUGGAUUUUCAUCUUUCAAGUUUUUGCCAGGAACUGAUGACAGUAUAAUAGUAGCACUCAAAACAAUGGAGACUUCUAAAGAGGUGCGGACAUUUGUUAUGGCAUUUACAGUUACUGGUAAAAUACUGCUUAAAGAAACUCCUGUUGCUGAGAUGAAGUAUGAAGGCCUUGAAUUUAUUUAAAAUUCCUGUUAUAUUAACAGGGUGAAGUUAACUUGUUCAUUUUGUACACAUGCUGCAGGCAUGAUUAGAGAUGACCUCAUGGAUGAAAAGAAGUACAGUCUUCUGUACUGAAUAGUCAUAAGUGUCAGUAAUGAAAUUUAGAACAUUACAUUAAAAUUUGUAAUUACCAUGAUCUGCAUUAAGUUCAUGCAGAAUAGUAUGUAAAAAAAAUGUGGCUGUGCUAAAGAAAGUAAUUUUAUUCUUGAAUGUAAGUGUACGUUGUAUAUUGUUAAAGAAUAAAUAAUUUAUUUCUGUAA